AUGAAGAUUUCAAUCGCCUGCCUUGCCCUUCUCGGACUAAGCUGCGCAGAGCUAACUAUUGUUGGCAGAGCGCCCCAGAGUCCGCCGUAUAAGGAGACAUCGCCAAGCGAACAAAUUGCUGAUCAAACAGUAAAGGGCAUGAAGGGGUGGUUCGGCGGGCUUACGCCCCCGCCGGGAGGAUCCAAACCCCCUAUCAAGGGCAUGGUUGGGAGCGUGCCAAACUCUCCCAGGCCCGAGAGCAAGAGCGAGUCUCACAGGCUAAACAAGGAUGGGGGUAAUGUCCAGGGAAAUAUAAAGAAGCCUAACAACUCGUGGUCAAAGAACAAACUAUGCCGGAAGCGCGAUGGCCGAUGCAACUACAAGUCACGCAACAUACGGUUGAAGAGCGGGGCGCGGUCGGGGGGUGCGGUUGCUUUUAUGCAAUUAGCGCCGUAUGCAAGGAAUGCACUUGAAGAAGUCAAGCAGUGGGAUAAUCCCAUUGGUCGGGGUGUGAAGUGGUUCGAUGAUGCAAUGACAAACAUCCAGCAAGCAAUUGGAGGAGAGCAGGUCCCUGAGAUUUAUGGAAACGAGCUCAAGUUGAAAUUUAUCUGUUGGGUGAGAGGGGAGCAAAAGUACCCUAAUGAUGUAGACAAGGCGUGCGAACGUCAAAGAGACCAGAGUCAAGGAAAGCAGAGACCACCAGAGCCCGCGCCGGAGUGGCUUACGGGACUCAACCAGCUCCUGGAGGUUUGUUAUAAGCUUGAGACGGACUCUCCGGAGGAUGAAAACCUUCGCAUCAAACUGCAAGGAAGCUGUACCGAGCUCGAAUCAGAGGUACACAGGGUGGAACAUCCGGUAGUGAUAACAGAGGGGAUCCCAAAGAUUACAGAUGUAUCAGGGAAAUGCAAGUGCGAUGCCUACAAUUUGCCACCAAUUACCGACUCCUGCCACAACACAUGUCUAGCAUCCUAUGCCUUAGGCGGGUGGAGUCUCGAUCUAACCAAGGAAAAGAAAAAGGUUGCGGAAAAUCCGGUGGUGGUGGAAGAGAUCCCAGAGAAAAUAGAAAAGAUUCCUGAUGAGGACCUCGAGAAGGCAAACCCGCUUGCAGAAUUGAGCCUGAAGCAGAAGGACCAACUAGGGAGAUAUGGUGACGUGGUUGUUGAAGUGAAGAAUGAGACGUCUAAUGCUCAUACCUGCUACGAUAACUACCGGAGUAAUAGCGACAAGGCUAUUGCUAUUAGCAUUGAGGAUUGCGAUAAACAAUACUUCAAAGUCCAGUCCCUGCUCCGAAAGGCCCGCGAGAUAAGAGAAGAGCCUGACUUUCCUCCAGGCUUAUGGAUCUUCGAGUUACCGGACAUAAAGGAUGGUCGUACAAGCCUACAAGGCGAUGCGACAAAAGAGCUGCAGGAUAUUCUUCAAGGCUUAACCAAGGUCGCCGAUCAAGCAUCCAUCUUCCAAAAGCAGGCAGAGCGGCUGCUGUCUGAUAAAAGUGCCUCUGUUGAUUGA